AUGUUAUAUCGAUAUCUCGGGUCGUCAGCAUGCGGCAUACAGCCACUCCUGUGGGUGUCCCUGCUCCUGCCGGAGAACCACGACGUGAUCGAUGCGGGCGUGCACAGGGUAGAUGAUAUCGAAGGUGAUGCACAGCUCCGGGAAGGAAUACCUAGAAGGUCAUUCCUGUCUGGGUCUUGGGUCAAUAUUGGCCACGCAUGCCGGCGCGCAUGUGCCAUGGAGGCCGACCGCCCAGAGGAUCCUGGAUGGGUGGACAAGCCGGGGGUACGCGCGAGCGCUUUACCGAGGCGUGCGCGUACAGUGCUGCGGGAGGACGAGCUGGAGCGGUCGUUGGAGGUCCGCGGAGAGAUUGGCCUUGCGUCGCGACUUCGCAGUGAAUCCACAGAACGUGCACGAAGUGCUGGGCGCCCAGAGAGUCGAAAAGCACUGGGCCGAAGAUGCUUGCACCAAGGCGUGCACUGCGCAGAGGAGCUUGACAUGACGGGACACCUGAAACCAUCCUAG